GCUGCCUAGUGGAGCAAAGGCCCCUUCUUUCCCUUGGUUGCCACUCGCUCCAGAAGCUGCUACUGCCCGGGCCAGCCGCCGCCGCCACUGAGAGCGAGCUCAGCUACCCCAGCUCUCCACUCUCGAAGCUACCCUGCCUCAGUCUCUGUAGCUUAGCUCCCUUUCUCCUUCUUUCCAUGGCGUCAGGGGAAGCAGAGCCGCUGCAGUACACGACCACUGUGCUGCGGGUGUCCAUCCACUGCGAGGGGUGCAAGAAGAAGGUCAAGAAGGUGCUCCACAGCAUCGAAGGUGUGUACAAGGUGACGAUCGACGCGACGCAGCACAAGGUGACGGUCACCGGCAGCGUGGCCGCCGACGCGCUCGUCAGACGGCUGCUCAAGUCCGGCAAGCACGCCGCGCUCUGGCCGAUGCCGGCGCCGGCGCCGCCCGCCACAGAGGCCAAGAAGCCUGAGGAGGCCCCGUCUGCCGGGAAGGGCGGCAAGGGAGCGGAGAAGGUGGACGCCAAGCCCAAAAAGGUGGCCGCCGAGGUAGAGCCGGAGAGCUCGGAGAAGCCAGACAAGGACGAAGGUUCAGAGAAGAAACCGGAGAAAGCCGGGGGGAAGAAACCCAAGGACGAGGCCAAGGAUGAGGCAGAGGUUCCUGAGAAGAAGGAGAAGGGCUCGCCGGAGCCGCCAGCCAAAGAAGCGGCGGCCGCCGACGAGGCCCCGGAGGCGGGCGGAGAGGAGACGGGGGGCAAGAAGGGAAAGAAGAAGAAGAACAAGCAGCAGAAGGAGGCCGGCGACGGGGACGCCGCUACGGAAAAGCCGCCGCCGCCGCAGCAGCAGCAGCAGCAGCAGCCAAAGACGAAGCAGCCACAGCCGCAGCAGGCGAUGCCGCCCGUGCCGGCGCCGGGGCCGGGGCCGGGGCCAGACCGCGCGCACGGCCACGGCGGCCCGUACCCGUACUACGCGCCGCAGCCGGUGAUGAGCUACAACAUGGCGCAGCCGAGCGCGAGCGUGUCGUACUACGCGCCCACGCCGGUAGCGUCCAUGCAGCCAAUGCCGCCUCCGCCGCCGUAUGGCGGGUACUCGCCUUACCCGCCGAUGAUGAUGCCGCCGCCGCCGCCGCCGGAGUACAUGUACGGGCCGCCGGGCAUGCGGUCGUCCCCGCCGCAGGAACCGUACAACAGCAUGUUCAACGAGGAGAACCCCAGUUCCUGUAGCGUCAUGUGACGCCGCCGCCGGCCGCCGGCACGGCAUCGAGUCUUCUGUAGUUAAAAGUGGGGGGUGGGGGAGGAGGCUUCGUAAUAGAAGCUUUGUCUAGGCUGAGUGGAGUACGUACCCUCUUAAUUAGGUGGUCAAAGCUCUUAUUGACCACACCUUUUUCUCUUCAAAUUUUCGACUUGAUUAGCUCGUCACGUAGUGACAUGAGUAUUUUAUUUCACUAAUAUGGUUAUUUUUCUACUAGCUUGUUUCAAUAAUUUCAAAUUUGGUAUCCAUUUGAGAAGAUAGCUCACAUGAA